AACAUGGCUGCAGUACUAGAUGGAGGUUAUCUAAGUGAGAAAUGUCAGAAACACACAGAGACGAUUUACGGCUUAUGUGACACUUGUGAUGAGGUAGUGUGUGUUAAGUGCAUGAUGGGCCACCACAAUGGGCACACGUUCACAGACCUGGAGGCCCGGGUGGGAGAGAAGAAGGACUCAUUACAAGACCUCAUGCUGGAGAUGAAGAGAAGGGUCCCAGUGUUACAACAGAGAGUAGCUGAAUUACAAAUACAGGACGACAAAAACCAGCGAGACACCGAGGCUGUCACCGCCUCCAUCACACAAAAAGGUGAAAGCAUUCGCAGUAAACUGGACAACAUCGUUUCAAACCUCAUUGCCAACGCAGAGAACCAACGGAAAGACACAGCCCGGCAACUCAGCGGUGUAACAGAGGUGACAGAGGAUCUCAUCGCAAAAGGAAACUCGUUUCUCGAGAGUGUUGACACCCAAAUUAAGCUCAGCUCUGACCUCCAAAUCAUUCGGUUAGAAAAAGAGUGCUCUAAGCUAUUAAUGAAAAUGUCUGAGGAUCAUUUAAUAUACCAUGUGGCCACACCACGAUUUGUGGGAGGGGAGGAGAGUGUCGAGAAACUACAGUCUAUGGUGGGAAAUUUCUACUCGGAUCUCGUGUCCUCUCUUAAACCCAUGAGCUAUGUCAGAAUAGAUUCGACACUUACUGCUUGUGAACCCGACAUAUUCAUCACAAAAAUCUGCCAAGUUAAUUACACAAAUGCCUGGAUUAAAGGUUUCAAAGAAGAAGAAAUCAAAAUGUACGCCAAGCGUGGGAAACUGCUCAAGACGAUGCCCUUUAAGCCAACAUGCUAUGAUUUUGCUACAACCAAAAGUGGCUCAUUGCUCACUGUGGACCCCAAACUGCGCUGUGUUCAGUGCCUCAACCCUGAUGGAGAAUCCACGACCAUCCUCCAGUUCCCAGAAGGGACAUUACCCAUCAGUAUUUACGUGAACAGAACCACCGGUAACUUUCUUGUUGGACUAGUGGACAGUCUGAGAUAUUCCACCACUGUCCAGAGCAUGCGACAACUCAGAAGGUUUUCCUUUGAUGGUCAAGAACUUCAGACAAUUCAGUUCCAGACCAAAAAGUCUUUCUUCGGUCGGCAGACUUCUUCCAAUAUCUUCACCUAUCCCUUCCGAAUUGCCGAAAACGAGCAAACGGGGGACAUUGCCGUUAUCAAUCGGACAGGAGACUUUACGGGAGAACUUGUGGUCCUAGGUAAUGAUGGAGAUGUCAUCUUCAGACAUUCACAGACAGAAGAUGGAGAGACCUUCAGUCCCUGGGAUGUGACAUUUGAUGUCAUGGGGAAUGUUAUUGUUAGUGAUCGAUAUAGCCGGAACAUUCAAAUGUUUAAAAUCUCCGAGAAGACCAAAUGUCUUCUUCACAGUUGCAGUUACACCCCCCAUGCUAUAGAAUCUUUCCCCGAUGGUAAACUGUGGAUCGGCCAUUCCAAUGGGAAGAUCAGCAUUAUUCAGUACAUGGAGUGACACACUAUCCUUGUGACCAAUGACCUUCAUCUGAAUGAUUUAGUGCAAUCUCUAGUGAACUGUUGAAUGACAUCAGAAUGAUUUAGUGCAAUCUCUAGUGAACUGUUGAAUGACAUCAGAAUGUUUCAGGGCAAUCUCUAGUGAACUGUUGAAUGACAUCAGAAUGAUUUAGUGCAAUCUCUAGUGAACUGUUGAAUGACAUCAGAAUGAUUUAGUGCAAUCUCUAGUGAACUGUUGAAUGACAUCAGAAUGAUUUAGUGUAAUCUCUAGUGAACUGUUGAAUGACAUCAGAAUGUUCCAGGGCAAUCUCUAGUGAACUGUUGAAUGACAUCAGAAUGUUUCAGGGCAAUCUCUAGUGAACUGUUGAAUGACAUCAGAAUGUUUCAGGGCAAUCUCUAGUGAACUGUUGAAUGACAUCAGAAUGUUUCAGGGCAAUCUCUAGUGAACUGUUGAAUGACAUCAGAAUGAUUUAGUGCAAUCUCUAGUGAACUGUUGAAUGACAUCAGAAUGUUUCAGGGCAAUCUCUAGUGAACUGUUGAAUGACAUCAGAAUGUUUCAGGGCAAUCUCUAGUGAACUGUUGAAUGCCAUCAGAAUGUUUCAGGGCAAUCUCUAGUGAACUGUUGAAUGACAUCAGAAUGUUUCAGGGCAAUCUCUAGUGAACUGUUGAAUGACAUCAGAAUGUUUUAGUGCAAACUGUAGUAAAGUUUUGAAUGACAGAAUGUUUAAUGCAGAUUCUAGUGAAAUGUUGAACGGCAUCAGAAUUUAUUACCAAAACCUGGAUAUAUCUGUAUAUAUGUGCAGAUUAGAAACCUGGAAAUGACUAGUUCUCUGAAACUUUUAAGUCUUUUAGCUUGUUUAAAUAUGAUUUGGGGAAAGGACCAGAUUAUGGAAUAAAUUCUGCAUUGAU